AUAAAGGAAGUUGCUGGCCACCAGGAGGUGGAGAUGGAGAGGUCCUGCCCUGACUCAGUCCUCCACAUGAGAAGGCCUGAGGAUGUGUGUCACUUCAUCCUGGUUCUCUCUGGACUCCUGAGCACUGUGGUGUUACUACAGAGUCCUCCCCUUCCUGAUGGCUCUGCUGGUCUCACUUCCUGGAGGGACUCUGACCAUGGCUCAGAUCCUGCUUCUUCUGCUGUCAGCAGCAUGUCUACAAACUGGGAACUCAAUGGGAUUCAACAUAGAAAAUGACUAUGGCUUCAACCAACCAGCAAACCUUUCUGGGGUCCAGGGUGGCUCCAUCGAGAUCCCCUUCUCCUUCUACUUCCCCUGGGAGUUGGCCAAGGAUCCGGAGAUGAGCAUAGCCUGGAGAUGGAAGCACUUCCAUGGGGAAUUCAUCUACAACUCCACCCCGCCUUUCAUACAUGAGCACUUCAAGGACCGACUCAUCCUGAACUGGACACAGGGUCAGACAUCCGGAGUCCUCAGAAUCCUGACCUUGAAGGAGACCGACCAGGCCACAUAUUUCUGUAAAGUCUGGCUGAGCACAAGAGAAGGUUUGAUGAGUUGGCAGUCGAUAUCUGGGACCCAACUCACCAUUGUCCAUGCUGGCCUGGAGGACACAGGGGGCCAGGGGAAUCCUUCCCUGCUCAACCUGGGAGCCAUGGUCGCAAUGGUCGUAGUCAAGGCUGUGGUCAUAAUCCCACUCUACGGACUGAUGAUCUUCCUGUGGUGGAGGCAAAGGCCAGCAGACUAAAGCCUAAACCCCAGCCAGAGUCACCCACAGGCUCCUGUUGAGACAUCAUCUCUAAGAUCCUGGCUAACAGACCUGGCACAGACAUCUGCCCUGGCUACCAAUGCUUGGCUUGUAUGUUCCAUGGACUGAGCUUGUCAGUAAGACAAAGUACCAGAGGAAAUUGGGCAUCAUAAUAUGCCUGUCAUCCCAACUAUUGACAGGUAGUGAUGGGAAGAUUAUCAGUUGAGCACUGGUUCUCAACCUGUGGGUCACCACCUCUUUAACUGUAUCAAGUCUCAGUCACAGGAGUGGCACGUCAGAUAUUCUGCAUAUCAAAUGUUUAUAUUACUAUCAUUACAUUAGAAAAAUCAGUCAGGAAACAGCAAUGAAAUACUUUUAUGUUUAGAAUCACCUUAACAUGAGGAAAGGUUGUCACAGCCUUUGGAAGCAUGAGAACUACUGAAUUGGAAGCUACUCUGGGCACCUCUUGAGUUUAUGCCAGCCUAGGUUACAUGAGACUUUGUCUUUCUUUCUUUUUUUAUUUUAUUUUAUUUUUGGUUUUUCGAGACAGGGUUUCUCUGUGUAGCCCCAGCUGUCCUGGAACUCACUCUGUAGACCAGGCUGGCCUCGAACUCAGAAAUCUGCCUGCCUCUGCCUUCCAAGUUCUGGGAUUAAAGGUGUGCACCACCACUGCCCAGCAAGACUUUAUCUUUCAAUCAACAGCACAGCUAGCCAAAACUGCAAACAGUGCAGAGGUCAAGGUGAAUGAUCCUGUGUUAGUUCCCUUUCAGCAGGAGUCAGAGUCUUGAAGGUGAUACCAGUUCCCUCUUAAGAUUUUCAUAAAAUAAAUUGUGUCUAUCAAUA